AGAAUGGCUAAGCAAAGUCCUUGAGCUGCUGUGAUGAAGAUGGCUUACCUCCAGGGCCUGACAACAGAAUCGCGCGGUUGGUCGGAGCAAGGUUCCUGGUGUAUUUGGAGAUCUCUGCUUGCUUCAGGUGAAUGUACGCGGCGCUCGUCAGCACAACGCGUGUUUGCUCACUGCAGAGGGGGAAAAGGAGUCGCAUAGAUCUCCACUCGCACUAUAUUGUUGGUUCUUGGUUAGCAAUGGCCAAGCGUCUGGCCGUCGCGCUCCUGCUGCUGGUGGUGGCGCUCCUCGCGUCCUGCGACGGGAGGGAGCUGAAAGGGAAGGGCGGCGGCACUGGUGGUGCCGUCGACGAAGCCAAGGAUCUGGUGCCCAGGCUGCCGCCUCUGGUGCCCAACCUGCCGCCGCUGCCGCCCGAUCUGCAGCACCGCACCUUGGAGUUCGCCGACGGCCAUGGGCUCCGAUAGCUCCAGCCAUGUUAG